ACUGUCAAAAUUACUUAAAGAUUAGUUCAUUAGUUCGUAUUUUAUUUUGCUAAUUUGAGAUUCAUAUCAAUGUCCUUACAUAUAGAGUAUCUGACCAUCGAAAAUGACGAAAUAAAAUGUUCAGAUAGCAUAGAUUCGGACGACCAUUCGCGUGGCAGUAAAAGUGCAGAAUGUAGUAUUGCUUCUGUUCUUUCCAAAGAUAAUCCAACCGAAAAUGAUAAAGAUUCAACUGUAAGAAAUGAAAAAGAAUUAUUUUUGCACGAACUAAAUUUAUUUCAAGAUAGUCUGUUUGAUAAUCGUGAUCUAACUUUGAUGAAGAAUGGAGACAGGCCUGAAAUAAGCGAAGAUAUUAAAAUAGAUCCUCCUAGUAUGAUAUUUACAGGAGCAUACGACGGAAAGGCAUUCCAUCAAGAUUUAACCAUUUCGAACUGCGGCAAAAAAUCAGUUUUUAUUAAAAUUAUGCCACCGAGUUCUCCGGCUAUAAAAAUUCAACCGAUUCUUAUAGCACGCCGGUUGUCUCCGGGGCUGAAUGUGGUCAAGAAAGUGAAAUAUUUGCACACUAAACCGAUGGCCAUUCCUCAAGUUACGAUGGAUAUUUAUAUCAAUAAUCAAAGGAUACAAUAUGAAUUUUCAAUUUUUAGUUUAUUUUUUAGUUUUACCCUGUACCCUAAGGUAGAAAUCUCUCCUAAAAUAUUGAAUUUGGGCGAAAUUGAUGUUGGAAGUGUAUCGGCAAUGAAAAAAGUGUUCAUUAAAAAUGUCGGGACGAAGCAAUCCAAAUUUAUGGUCGAUCUUGGAAAAGACGAAUUGGAACUAAUUGUACAACCUACAAAAGGAAUAGUUUCACCGGGCGAAACUAAAGAAAUAACGGUUGAGGUAUUCCGUGAUGUCCCCGGAGAGUUUUGCCAGGAGUUCUGGAUCAAGACGGACCCGCUGCAAAGUAUCAAAGUGCUGGGAAAAUUUAUAGAGCCGAUGCUGACAGUGGUCUAUCCUUUUUCGGGAAACGAUCUCGCCAUCCUCGUCUAUCCCUCCACGUUCUUGGGCACUACAAGGCAUCGCAACUUAAUUAUACGGAAUCACAGUUCCUUUCCGGCCGUAUUUUGUAUCUCGAAAAAGAUAAACGGGACAACAUUCGAGAAAGUGCCUUUUGAUACAAACAGGGAAAGUGAAGAAAAUUACAAACAUUUCGAGAUCUAUCCUUUGGAAGCAAAGCUCAGUUCCGAUGAGAGAUGCUUAAUAGAAAUAAAAUAUUCACCAAAAAUGUCUAGCGGUCCUGCAUCUUACCAUAUGGGAAUGGUGUUUAUUGAUUUUAUCAAAUGUCAAACUAUUUCGGAGCAUAAGACGGAGAUUAGUUUUGCAGAGGACAAAGAAGGAGAAGAUAAUAUGUCUGACAUAUCAAUUUUGUCAAUGGAUGAAAAAGAUGUGCCAGAACUAGAGAUUAAUACCAAAGUAAAUCGCAGCAUAUCAAUGUAUCUUUAUGGAGAAACUGAAGUGCCUAACGUAAUUUUGAUACCACACAAGAUCUAUUUGGAGCGACUUACCAUUAAGAAUACCUAUACCCAGCCUGUUCAAGUUACUAACGAUUCAGAAAAAAUGUCUCUUAUUUUCAGAUAUAAAAAGUCUGCCUGUAUAGAAUUUGAACCUGAAGAACUUUUGUUACCGCCGAAAGAACCACAGCAUCUUACUUUGAAAGUGAGACCGACAAAGUUAGGACAUGAAACGUCGCAGGUUAAAUUCGAUUUGUUAUAUCGCGAAAGCAGCGGACUUAAACAUGUGGGGCAAGUUUCCAUGAACGUGUCUUAUUACGCUGAAAAUUCUCCAAAUGACAAAUUUUCACGGAAACGCAAAGAGUAUUUCUUGUCCGGUAUAACUCCAGAAAUUACCAACGAAGUUGGCUAUCUAACUGACGAUGUGAGGUUCAACACAAAAAUUGAUAAGCCUGUUCAAGCCAUCGUGGAUAAAAGAUAUUUGGAGUCAGAAAAGGAUAACGAUGCUCUGAUUGCAUUACCCAAUGACAGGCAGAGAACUUUAAGACCGUGGAGAAAUAAGAUACCGUGCAAAACAAUAUUUACAAAACUGCCUCGCUUAAUAACAACCUUUGAUAAAGAUUAUGACCUCCAUCCAAACCGAAAAAUACUUAAAGACACAACCCAGUCAUAUUACAACAGUUACAUCCAUGCGAUGUGUCUGAAAAGGAGCCAUGGAAAAACUUUAGACGAAGAAUGUUCUGACUACGAUACUUCCAAUCCAAAUUUGGCUUUGAUGGAAGGGACUAAAUUCAAGGGGCUAAAACCGUUUGAUAUUUACGAUGGGCACAAGAAGGCUCUAUUUGUACCAUUGACUCCUUAUGAGAUUUACAACAUCGUCGUUACACCCACUUUUAUUCAGCUUGGAUUGCUAGGUGCUAACACGACCUGUUCCGACCACUUCAUGCUGGAAAACAGAAACAGAUUCCCGAUACACGUAUCCGUCAGCGCGUUGUACCCGUCAAUCGAGAUCAUCGAAAAGGAGUUUGUCCUAAAACCAGCAUCCACCGAGACCGUCAAUUUUAUGUAUCACACCCCGUCGGGCGGCAAACAUCACAACCGCCUCUCCAUUAACCUGAAUUUCUUCUACUGCUUCGACGUGACGGUUCUGGCUAAGAUCGCAGCGAACACGGUCAGGUGCCUGACCAAGGAAAUCUCCAUUAUUCCCGCUGACAAAGUGGCUUUUCUGGAACUGAGAAAUCCCAUCAAUAACGACGUGAAGUUUGAAAUCGACACGGAUUUUUACCAUCUGGAGACUUUUCCUAGUAAAGGCGUCAUACCGGCCAAAAGGAAUCUGGCCUGCGCCAUAACGUUGAAUCCGGAGAUGGGCUUUGUGGCAAUGAAAGAGAUCGUUUUAAUUUCGGAAAGCGGAGCAAAGGAAUUUAUCGAAGUGCAUUUUGAAAAGAAAAAAGUCGAAAUAGGUUUAAGCGCUGACAAGAUCGUUUUCGACGACAUCCCUUUAAAUACAAAAGUAACAAAAUUUUUGGCCGUUCAGAACAACAGUGAACAGCUGGUAUCGGCUUCAUUUUCUUUGGAGAAUAGCGAUAUGUAUCCAGAAAUUGUCAUUGAACCAACAACAGCUGUGAUAUGGCAGAAAAGCUUUAUCGUGUUAACUAUUAAGGCGACAUUUACAGAGAUGGUCAAAUUUAACGCAACUUUAAGCGUAGUGUUUCAAGAUGAUGUUAGUAGGAAAGUAUCGAUAACAGGGAAUGUGGCGUUUCCCGAGAUACACUUUAGUACCAGCUUCAUCAAAUUGUCCAAGAUUCCCUCUGGAGCUCUUUUGCGAUCGCCUUUCAGAAUACAAAAUAAAUCUCAAGUUGAGAAUUAUGUCACUUUCUUUCUACAGGAUUAUCCAGAAUUUACAGUGAAAAUGAAGCAUGGCAAAGAAAUAAAAACGUUGUAUUUGAAGGCUAACGAAAAGAGAGAUCUUGUCUUGGAAUUCUACCCAAAAGAACCAGUGGCCUACUGCAUCUACCUGCCUUACGUCCUGAAUGGUAUCCUCGGGCCUGCUGAACUAAACAGACCUACUUCUAUAAAGUGUUCUGAAUACUUGAGAACUUCGAAUACCAGCAGCUUACGAAUCGGUAUUCCCGCGCCUUCCAAGUUGAAUACGGUGAAACUGCUGUGUGCCGCUGGAAGAAACUGGCUUAGUUUUAAUACGUUGUCGAUGACAUUUUCAAAUUUCGAAGAGUUAUCGAAUAUUUUCAAGAUCACUAACAAUACAAGCGAGAUACUAGAGAUUUUCUUUAAAAUUAAACAAACCGAAGCUUUUGUAAUAACACCUGAAGCUCCUGAAGACUUUGAAUCAAUCGAACAUAUAGAAGUACCUAUAGAACCAGAACAAACAGUGUCAUUCAAAGUGAAGUUUAUUUCGGAUGCUGUUGGAAACUUUGUUGAAGAAAUUCCAAUUUAUGUUUCAACUUAUUCCGCUGUUACACCCUAUAAUUACUUGAAGUUAACUGGCAACUACCAGAAAGCAUCAAUUUCUAUAGAUAAAAAAAUAAUAUAUCUUCCUCCAGUCAAUUUGAGUAUUGCUCUUUCAAAGACGAUUGAACUGAAAUUGAUCGGUCACAAAUGUGAAGCGAACAUUAACUAUGUUUGCGAAGCAGAGUCAAUUUCUGUGUCUUUCAAAAAAUGUGAAAAUAUUUCCCCAAUCGAAAUAGAUGCCUAUUAUAAGAUUUCGUUUUGCUCUGCAGAAAAUUGCCAGGUGGAAGCUACGAUAUCCUUUACUUGUCCUUGUGAAGCCAGUGCAGAAUUAGUGGUAAACGCACGCGCAGACAAUUCCUUACUGAUCAAUUACAUGUCAAAUUCCACAUAUUUGAAACAGUCCACGUACCCAUAUUUCCCCAAUAACAGUGACCAAUCUGCUUACGGAACUCUGAUGCAUUCAACUGUGCAAGUAAUAGAACGGUGGUUGUUUAGCCAGGGAUUUUACUAUCGGCAGUACUAUACCAUUCCGGAUGGUAUAUCCAGAUAUCCAGUGGACACACAUGCAGGAGGGAAGAAAUCUUUUGGAGGAAAGAAAAAUCGCCAACCGUUGCCAUUAGUCCAACUGUUGGUUAAUUUAAUUGAUUCUUCUGUCAUAAAAUAUAUAGACAAUGGUAUCGCUCCAUCGGAGGAUCCUGUAAAGCUAGCAACAUAUAAUUAUACGACUUAUCGCAACACAAUAUCCUUCUUAAAAAGUCAAAACAUCUUUGUUCCUGGUCUUAGACCAGAACAUCUUAUGCAGUAUUCAGAAUAUUUGAUAUUUAAGGAGGAAUUAAUUGACAAGGAACGAGGAGUUAUUGAAGAGUCAUUUAGCGAACUGCAAUUUUAUGCUUUUAGCAAGCAGAAAUGGUUAGACUUGACACUUGUUAUCAUUAAAGUAUUGGUGUUAGAACGAAUGAUAUCUGUAAGUAGCUGUCUAGAGAAAAACUUAAUCCAAAACGAAUAUAUCCUCAAAGAAAACGAAAAUAUUCUCAAUUACUAUAACAAACACUGUCAAAGAUUUCCCAAAAAGUUCGAAUGUGAAAGCAAAUUGCUUCUAUGGACAGAAUAUCACUACUACCAACAAAGAUAUAUUUUGUGGCCUGACCAGAAAUUCAAAAAAUAUCAAAGCGUCACCAGUUUUAAAGACUUUUAUGACAGUUUUUUAUUCGUAACUCUUACUGCUGCCUAUUGUCCUUACGUGAAGAGCAAGCUGCAGGAUAUCUACGCAGUCCCGAAAAGUGAGGAGCAUCUUAUCCACAACGCCUGCAGACUGGUACAAACUUGGAGGAGCUUAAAGUUUAGUAUAGAUGUUUUUCCUCAAUCUAUUGUCUCUGGAAAUGAAGUUAAAAUUUUACUUAUAGUUAUGUACCUUUACACUGUCCUACCAAGUUACUACCCGACAAGUGAAGUUACAAUAGAAACUCCUCUAUCAGAACACGGCAAAUGCACGUUGGAUGUGCAAAAUUGUGGUAAUUCGCCUAUUCAAUAUAAAGCAGCAUUUUUUGGAAACGAAUCUAACUUGUUUGACUUGGAUAACUACGAAAUCACUAUUCAAAAUGGUAAAAGUAAGAAGCUUGGUCUGAGGUAUUUUGCCAGAAGUGUUUUUCAGGUAUCCAGUAUUUUGGUACUGUCUGGCGAGAGUUCAGGCCUCAACUACGCCAAGAGUCUCGUCUUUUCCGUAAACGGUGUUACCAAUAUUUCGGACUGUGAUCUGAUUAAAGUGCAAGUUCCGAUUUAUGAGAAAGUGAAGAAGAAGUUUCCCAUCAAAACUCCUUACGGAAAAAAUUACAAGGCCCAACUCUUUAUGUGCUUCGGCAAAAUAAAUACCAAGGAAGAUCUAAUUUCGAUUUCCGACUUAAAAUCUAGACAGCUGCUCAGAGAAUAUACAAUGGAUCAGACUGAGUGCGAAUUUCAAGAUAAGGGGGAAAGCUCCGUUGUCAUUAACUUCUGUUUUCUUUCACAAGGUGAAAAGUCUUUUUACGUGUUCUUUUGCCAUGAAGAAAUAGGUGAUUUUUGCGUGCUGUUUAAAACGUCGUCAACGUUGAAAACGAACAGUGUUGCUGAUUCUAUCCCGGUAGAGCUUUCCGAAAAUUUUGCGAAACCUUGUAUUUGCAAGACUUCCACUAAUACCAAGUGCCCCAAAACCUUUAAGGUCGAUAUACCGUGCAGGAACGAGCGGUUUUGUAAAAGCAUAAACACGAUGAUCCAGAUGUGUUUCACCACAAUUAUUUUUAAUCAUUUAGAGACAUUUUCAGAUUCCGCCUUCAUAGUGAGAUUCCUCAAAUAUCACGCCGAGAAUUCACCCAAUGGCUCUUUACUACCGAGCGACGUGUUUGAAAGUUCAGCCGAGUUCGACAUCACUCGAUCCAAAUCAAUGUCUUCAUCAACUAAAAGUAUUUUUGUUAAGAAUGUCAUAUCGAAAGACACAAUAUCUUUAGUAUUUCACUGGGACGUACCGCAAAACCCGUCAGUUGAGAACCUGGAAUUGAAAAAAACAAAUGGCAAGGAAGUGCGAUACUUCAAGUUGGUGUUUCCGAAACUAGAAGACGAAGUCAGUGGUAAAACUUAUAGUAUGAAAAGUAGCCAGGGUGGUAUAAGUGGAGAGAGUAAGUUAAAUAAAAACAAAAAUGAGUCUGUUUAAUGGAAGCGAAAAAUUGAGACCCGUCCCAGUCGUGUAGAAAAAUGGUUGUAACUUAUAUGGACCUAUUAUUUUUGACAAACUACUUAGUGUAUUUUCUCCCUAUUCGGUAUAGUAGCGAUAAAAACUUUUACAGGGGCGUGCUUAUACAAAAUUUUAUGCUAAAUGUAUCAUAUUUUUUAUAAAUAAUUUUGUACUAAAAUUAUGUAUACAAAUAUAAACGUAUAGAA